GAAAAAAAAUUCUGAAAGAAGAAAACAGCGAAACAGUAGCUACGUUCCUAGCUAAUUAGCUAAAUGUCUACAGAAAUUAGGCGGCGUACUGACCUGGCUACUUCGCGCGAUAUUUUUUCUUAUCAAAUCGCUUUAGUAUUUGCGUGUGCCCUGUGUUUGUCCUUCCAAACCUGUUCGCAAAGAUAACACAACGGACGGGUCACAAAUUCAACAAUCCGGCAGAAGGUUCAGCAAACGCCUGUCUUUUCCGACGAAUGGAGAGGACGGGUGAGGACUCUUUAAAUUAGCUAACCUUCGCUAACAACCUCACCAUCAUUUUCUUCGUCUGUUGAGGUUUGUGGGUUAUCGUUUAUUAUAUAACCAUAGAAAUAGUAACCACGGCAGUUGUUUGUAAGUACGUGCCCAGAAUUAUCAUUCAUUGACGGCCUCUAGUUAAGCCCCCGGGGCUCUCCCCCGGCCGGCGACAGUCACAAGCAUGGCCGGAAAUCCGAGGAGGGGCGCGGGUCUCAUCGGCUUGAUGAAGGACGCAUUUCAGCCCCAUCACCAACCUCUCCAGCCUCACCAACCUGCGGUGGUUGACAAGAAAAUGGUGGAGAAAUGCUGGAAACUUAUGGAUAAGGUGGUGCGGUUAUGCCAGAACCCCAAGGUAGCCCUGAAGAACAGCCCCCCCUACAUCCUGGACCUACUGCCAGACACCUACCAGCACCUCCGCACCAUCCUGUCUCGGUACGAGGGCAAGAUGGAGACGCUUGGGGAGAAUGAGUACUUCCGGGUGGUGAUGGAGAAUCUGACAAAUAAGAUCAAGCAGACCAUGAGCUUGUUCAAGGAGGCCAAGGAGCGCAUGUAUGAAGAAAAUUCUCAGCCCAGGCGUAACCUGACUAAGCUGUCGCUGAUAUUCAGCCACAUGCUGGCUGAGCUAAAAGCCGUCUUUCCUAACGGCCUGUUCCAAGGAGACAACUUCCGCAUAACUAAAGCUGAUGCUGCAGAGUUCUGGAGGAGGUCAUUUGGUGACAAGACCAUUGUUCCAUGGAGGACUUUCCGCCAGGCCCUUCAUGAAUUUCACCCCAUCAGCUCUGGUCUGGAGGCUAUGGCUCUCAAGUCUACCAUCGACCUCACUUGUAAUGACUACAUUUCUGUCUUUGAGUUUGACAUCUUCACCAGGCUUUUUCAGCCAUGGUCAUCUCUCCUGAGGAACUGGAACAGUCUGGCCGUCACACACCCAGGGUACAUGGCCUUUCUCACCUACGAUGAGGUCAAGGCCCGUCUACAGAGGUUCAUCCACAAGCCUGGCAGUUACAUCUUCAGACUGAGCUGCACUCGUCUGGGACAGUGGGCCAUUGGUUACGUCACGGCAGAUGGGAACAUCCUGCAGACCAUCCCCCACAACAAGCCCCUCUUUCAGGCUCUCAUCGACGGAUAUAGGGAAGGAUUCUACCUGUUCCCUGACGGCCGGACCCAGAACCCAGACCUUACCGGGCUGUGUGAACCCUCACCACAGGAUCACAUCAAAGUCACCCAGGAGCAGUAUGAACUGUACUGUGAGAUGGGCUCCACCUUCCAGCUGUGUAAGAUCUGUGCCGAGAACGACAAGGACGUGAAGAUCGAGCCUUGCAGCCACCUCAUGUGCACCUCCUGUCUGACGGCCUGGCAGGAGUCCGAGGGACAGGGCUGUCCGUUCUGUCGAUGUGAGAUCAAAGGCACAGAGCCCAUCGUGGUGGACCCCUUCCACCCCAAGAACAGCAGCGCCGGGGCCUCCUUCGGCAGCUUCCAGAUGCCCUACGGGGCCGAGGGAGGGGGCUCCCAGUCGGUCUCCCCCAGCAACGAUGAGGAUGAUGAUGAUCGUCUGGAGGACCCUCAUCUCAUCAUGAGCAGGCUGGCCUGCAACCAGGUGGAGCGCCCGCCCUCCCCUGUGAUGCCGCUGCCCCCCGUACCACCCCGACUGGACCUGCUUCAGCAGAGGCCCCCCAUCUCCCCGGGGGCCCUGGGCCAAGGAGCCACACCCAAGAUUACAGCCCUCCACAGAGAUAAACCCUUGCCCCUCCCACCUGCCCUGCGAGAGUUGCCGCCCCCUCCCCCUCCCGAGCGUCCCUCUCCCCUUGGUCCCCCAGAGGGCCGGCUCCAGAGAAGACCCUUGCCCUCUACCCCUCCGGAGCCCAACUGGGCCUCCAACUACAUGGUCCCACGGCCUGUUACCAAGGCAGCUCCACAGACCGCCGGGCCCAGUGAUGGUGACUGCAGCCCCAGAGCAAAGCCACAAGCCGUCAGCAAUGCAAUCUACUCCCUGGCAGCCAGGCCUCAACGGGCGAUCCCUGGUGAAAAAUCAUCUGGGAGUGAGGAGGAGAAUGAGUACAUGAGCCCCACCUCCCUCCCUGCAGCUGGACCCUCCUGGACCAUGACCGGUGCUGUUGUACCCCCCCCUCCCCAAGCCACUAACCAGGACGCGCGGUCUGUGAUGUGUGACGUGGACUGUGACGAUCCGCAGGUGUAUGAGUCCAUGUGUAACAUCCAGGCCCAGACGGCGGAGCCCCCCCUGGCCCUUCCCCAACAGCCCCUGGAGUCUGAUUACCUGAUUCCGCCGCCUGCGGUUCCUCUUCACCGUGUGAUAGAGGAGAUGGACACUGAGGAUGUGUAUGACUAUGACUACCCCCGACCUCUGACCCCUGCCAGACGCACCCUCUCUGAUGUCACUGGCACCUCAGCAGGCUUCAGCUUCCUCUCUACUGACAGCACUUCUGCCGUGGAUGCCUCCAUGUUUGCGUCAGCCCAGGACCUGGAGCGUCCCCCUAAGCCCCUCCCUCGAAGGGUUAACUCAGACCGGCGACAUCAGUCGCUCAUACCAGAGAAUCUGCCACCUGCCUCUCAUGUGUCCAUGGGCUCCAGGGGGCCCGCAGGACCAGCUGCUCCUCCGGUUCCUGGUUCAGCUCUACCCAUCAACGGCGAGAUAGAGUGUCUGAUGAGCCAGGGCUACUCCUUCCAGGACAUCCAGAAAGCACUGAUGAUCGCACAGAACAACCUGGAGACGGCUAAGAACAUCCUGCGCGAGUUUGUUUCCGUCCCCUCGACAGCCCACAUCCUCACGUAGCGGGCGUGACUCCACGCCUUGUAUCCUUCACCCACUGUGCCAUAACGGAGAGCAUCUCUGCGGUGCUACUUGUGACCGGCCUGGAAGGGCUGGAUGUUGUCAGGAGGGGACUCCUCGUGCUCCCACGCACAGGUUAACUGGUGAGGUGGUCUGACGGGAGAGGGCGAAUGCUUGCUGUGGCCUCUACGGGCCAAGUCUGUGACGCUGGUUUUUGUGCUUGUCUCUGUUUUUAUUGUGUGGCUCUAAGAAUGACGUUGUUACAGAGCGCGGGGUGGAGUGAGCUCAGCUUCACACUGUGUGCCGGGGCUACUGUGUCUUGCAAAUAGUUGUUUGGGACGUAUUGUGCAGCAGUGUCUUUUGCUGGGGCGUACUUGACAUGAUUCUCAGUCCCUCAUCACUGCGAUGGUGCCCGUGUUUUUUUUUUUUUGGUUUGGUCAUAGACAGUUUGUAGCUCCAUAUGUCAAGUGAAGACUAAAGCAUUGGAUCCUGUGGUUUGUGCUAAAGCUAAUGAAUGUGAAUCUUGAAGUUGCAUUGCAGUAUUACAGGGCUCCAUGUAAUGCGUUUUACUGUAGUUGUAGGUGAAGUAAAGGUCUUUAUAAAGCAUAACUCCAAAUGGCUUUAGUACCUGGUUUAGUGACAGUCUUACAGUAUAUUACCGUAUGAUGAUUUAAUCUUGGAAUGUACAGUAAGCGUGUUCAAUGUAGUGCUAACAUUGGCAGAUGCCCUAACAUGUAACAAUUCUAAUAUUUCUCAUUAUU